CUCCCUCUCCCUCUCCUUUUUUUUUUUUUUCCCCUUUUGUUAUUUGCACUCGCAUUGUGUUGUUUGUCUCUGAAGCCGCCUCAUGACCAGCCAAGGGAUUUCACCUCGUCCUUGAGAGACAGAAAGCGAGAAGGGGGAAGGGGUGGGAAGAAGGGGGGAGAGAAAGGAAGAGCUCACCAAACACCCAUCUCCCGGUCCCUCCCCGCACCUCUGGCUCUCCCCACCCCGCCAGUGUCUCACUUAGCACCCCGCGCCCGGAGGAGACAUGACAGACAGCGGCCUUUCUCUUGCUGAUGACCGGGUUCCUGUUUGAUCCUGUUUACAAGCUUUCGAAGAUUGAAAAUAACCCCAACUCCUCUGCAUCGGCUAAUUCAGAGGCAGCAGUUGUGUGAGCAGCCCCUUGGCAAGAGGACCAAGUGUAGUUUGUGACAGAACUGAAUGGAGAUGAUCCCAAGCUGAAAGUCAAAACAGGAUCUUCCUUUAAGUUCACUGAGUGACCUGCAAUUUUAUUCCAGCACCUAACACAGGAUGUCUUCCAAGCGACCAGCCUCUCCGUAUGGGGAAGCAGAUGGAGAGGUAGCCAUGGUGACAAGCAGACAGAAAGUGGGAGAAGAGGAGAGUGACGGGCUCCCAGCCUUUCACCUUCCCUUGCAUGUGAGUUUUCCCAACAAGCCUCACUCUGAGGAAUUUCAGCCAGUUUCUCUGCUGACGCAAGAGAACUGUGGCCAUAGGACUCCCACUUCUCAGCACAACACAAUGGAAGUUGAUGGCAAUAAAGUGAUGUCUUCAUUUGCCCCGCACAACUCAUCUACCUCACCCUUGAAGGCAGAAGAAGGUGGGCGUCAGAGUGGAGAGUCCUUGUCCAGCACAGCCCUGGGAACCCCAGAGAGGCGCAAGGGGAGCCUCGCGGAUGUCGUGGACACCCUGAAGCAAAGGAAAAUGGAAGAGCUCAUCAAAAACGAGCCAGAAGAACAAUUAGACAAGAGAAUGAAACAGAAGCCUCUCCACUUGCCAAAAGAAUUAUUACAUUCCUCUCUUCUGUUCAGAGAAACUCCCAGUAUUGAAAAGCUACUAUCAAAGGACUGGAAAGACAAGCUUCUUGCCAUGGGAUCAGGGAACUUUGGAGAAAUAAAAGGGACUCCAGAAAGCCUCGCUGAGAAAGAAAGGCAGCUCAUGGGUAUGAUCAAUCAGCUGACCAGUUUGAGGGAACAGCUGCUAGCAGCUCACGAUGAACAGAAGAAGCUGGCUGCAUCUCAGAUCGAGAAACAACGCCAGCAAAUGGAGCUGGCUAAGCAGCAACAAGAACAGAUUGCAAGACAACAGCAGCAGCUUCUGCAGCAGCAACACAAAAUUAACCUUCUUCAGCAACAGAUCCAGCAGGUCCAGGGUCAGCUGCCUCCAUUAAUGAUUCCCGUAUUCCCUCCAGACCAACGAACCCUAGCAGCAGCUGCGCAGCAAGGAUUCCUUCUUCCUCCUGGUUUCAGCUACAAGGCGGGAUGCAGUGACCCCUACCCCGUUCAGCUGAUCCCAACUACCAUGGCAGCUGCUGCCGCAGCAACACCGGGCUUAGGCCCACUCCAACUGCAGCAGUUGUAUGCUGCCCAACUUGCUGCGAUGCAAGUGUCUCCGGGAGGCAAGAUUCCUGGCAUUCCCCAGGGGAACCUUGGUGCUGCCGUGUCCCCUACCAGCAUCCACACAGACAAGAGCACAAACAGCCCUCCACCCAAAAGCAAGGAUGAAGUGGCCCAGCCUCUGAACCUUUCAGCCAAACCCAAGACAUCUGAUGGCAAAUCUCCCACAUCACCCACCUCUCCUCACAUGCCAGCUCUGAGAAUAAACAGUGGGGCCAGUUCACUAAAGUCCUCCGUGCCAGCAACAUUAGCGAGUCCUUCGGCCAGAGCCAACACAAUAGGUUAUUUAAAUGACCACGAUGCUGUUACCAAGGCAAUCCAGGAGGCCCGACAGAUGAAGGAGCAACUUCGGAGGGAGCAGCAGGUGCUGGAUGGGAAGGUGGCCGUGGUGAACAGCCUGGGUCUCAAUAACUGCAGGACAGAAAAAGACAAAACGACACUGGAGACCCUGACUCAGCAGCUGGCAGUAAAACAGAGUGAAGAUGGGAAGUUCAGCCACACAAUGAUGGAUUUCAACAUGAGUGGAGAUUCUGACGGAAGCGCAGGAGUUUCAGAGUCUCGGAUUUACCGGGAAUCCCGAGGGCGUGGCAGCAAUGAGCCUCACAUCAAGCGCCCAAUGAAUGCAUUCAUGGUGUGGGCUAAGGAUGAACGGAGGAAGAUCCUUCAAGCUUUCCCUGACAUGCACAACUCCAACAUCAGCAAGAUACUAGGAUCUCGCUGGAAAGCUAUGACAAACCUAGAGAAGCAGCCAUACUAUGAGGAGCAGGCCCGGCUCAGCAAACAGCACCUGGAGAAAUACCCAGACUACAAAUACAAGCCCAGGCCGAAGCGUACCUGCCUUGUAGAUGGCAAAAAACUACGCAUUGGCGAGUACAAGGCCAUCAUGCGCAACAGACGCCAGGAGAUGAGGCAGUACUUUAAUGUUGGGCAACAAGCACAGAUCCCCAUUGCCACCGCGGGUGUAGUGUACCCAGGAGCCAUUGCCAUGGCGGGAAUGCCUUCCCCACACCUGCCCUCGGAGCACUCGAGCGUGUCCAGCAGCCCAGAGCCUGGCAUGCCCGUCAUCCAGAGCACUUAUGGAAUCAAGGGCGAGGAGCCACACAUCAAGGAGGAGAUGCAGCCUGAUGACGUCAACGGAGAGAUCUACGAUGAGUACGAUGAGGAGGAGGACGACCCCGAUGCGGACUAUGGCAGUGACAGUGAAAACCACAUUGCGGGGCAAGCCAACUGAUUGGGGUCCCAAUGUCUCAUGACCUGCAGGACUUCAAGGAGAAAAGAAAAAAAUAAAGCCCCAUCUGGUUUACCCUUGCCAGUGGCCAAGCACAUUAACUUUCUCAUACACUGACUGUUACUUUAACUGUUAGUCUUAACUAGUUGGGACAUCAGCUGACUAAUAGACAUCAGCCUGCAUCAGAAGAAAAAAGGCUCAGAAGAAAG